CUUCUACGAGGAGCUCCUGGCUCACGGCAUCUUGAAGUCGCUGACUGCGCCCGUGGAAGGAAUGGUCGUGAAAGAAGGCUCGUGCAAUUACGUGGCACCGCAGGGCAUCUCCUCAGUUGUCAAAUACUAUCUGAAACAGUCAGGUGCAGAUGUUUUCUAUGAACAGCAUGUAACACACAUCUCUCUCCGAGAUGGGAAAUGGGAAGUCUACAGGAAAACGGGACCACCAGAAGAAUUUGAUAUAGUUAUUCUUACGAUGCCUGUUCCACAAAUUCUUCAGUUGCAAGGUGACAUUGUAAACU